AUGAGUGUUGUGCAUGGAAAUUUGCGAUUUGAAGAUGUUGAAAAAACUGGAGCAGUAUUAGGACAUAAAGAACAACCGCCUAAACCGAGUGAUUUAUGUACGGUCUGCUACACUUCUGGAACCACCGGAAACCCAAAGGGAGUCAUGUUAACUCAUGAAAAUGUAGUGGCUGGCGUGGUCGCUGUUACAUUACAAUUAGGAGAGCACAAACCAGUCCCUAGUGAUGUAAUGAUUUCAUUACCAUUGGCUCAUAUGUUGGAACGUUGCUGUGAGCAUGGAAUGUAUAUGGCGGGUGCAUCAGUUGGAUUUUUCUCCGGGGACAUACGACGACUUACAGACGAUAUGAAGGCUUUGAAGCCCACAACCAUGCCAGCAGUACCCAGGUUACUGAACAGGGUUUACGAUAAGGUGCAAAGCGAAAUUUCGGGAUCAAUGCUCAAACGGGCGCUGUUUAGUCUUGCUUUGAGUUCCAAGGAAGCAGAGAUUAAAAGAGGAGUAGUCCGUAAUACAUCAUUCUGGGAUCGCGCGGUCUUCCGCAAAAUUCAAGCUGGAUUCGGUGGUCGUCUGCGGUUGAUGGUAGUGGGAAGUGCCCCACUUGCUGGAAGUGUCUUGACUUUUAUUCGUUGCGCUCUGGGUUGUUUGGUAGUCGAAGGCUACGGGCAAACUGAAUGCACUGCCCCUGUCACGUUGACAGUACAAGGAGAUCACAUGCCAGAACACGUUGGACCUCCGGUGGCAUGCUGUGCCGUUAAGUUAGUGGACGUUCCAGAAAUGGAAUAUUAUGCUGCAUUAGGAAGCGGUGAGGUAUGUGUCAAAGGUCCCAAUGUUUUCAAAGGAUAUUACAAGGAUCCUGAAAAAACCUCAGAAACAAUUGAUGCUGAUGGAUGGCAUCACACAGGCGACGUAGGCACUUGGCUACCAAAUGGUACAUUGAAAAUUGUAGACAGACGCAAACACAUAUUUAAACUUUCCCAAGGGGAGUAUAUUGUUCCUGAAAAAAUUGAAAGCAUUUAUUUGAGGUCGCAGUACAUUGAGCAAGUUUUUGUCUAUGGAGAAUCUCUGAAGUCAUGCAUCGUAGCUAUAGUGGUACCUGAUGUGGACGUAGUAAAAUGUUGGGCAUCAGAAAAUAAAAUUCCUGGAACACUUAGCGUUCUGUGUAACAAUCCCGAAGUCAAAGAAUUAAUAUUAACUGAUUUAAUAUCAUGGGGCAAAGAUGCUGGGCUUAAAUCAUUCGAACAGGUGAAAGACAUAUAUCUGCAUCCUGAUCCAUUUUCAGUGCAAAACGGUCUGUUGACUCCAACUCUCAAGAGUAAAAGACAACAAAUUAAAUCUUACUUUAAACCUCAACUUGAAGAUAUGUAUUCAAAACUACAAUAGGAAAAAUAUAUUCAUUAAAGAUGAUCAAUUUUUCUAUGAUAUAUAGUUCAUAAGACAAUAAUAUUCAAGUAAAA